AUGCUGAAAGAUGUGAGCAAAGAAGGAAUUCACAGUCAAAUUGUGACAGUGAGUGAAGUGUCAGUCAAGGCUGGAGGCUCCAUCUCCAUCCCAUGUCGCUAUGGCUCACAGUACAUAAACCAUGUGAAAUACUUGUGUAAAGGAAAAUCGUGGUCCAAAUGCUCAUUUGUAGUUAGAACAGACAAGCCACAAAAUUCAGGAAAGUUUUCAAUCUCUGAUGACACAAACCAAACAAUAUUCACUGUGACUAUAAAAGAUCUGACGGAUGAGGACACUGAUUACUGGUGUGCUGUGGAGAUUAACGGAGGGUCAGAUGUCAAAGAGUAUUUUCACCUGUCGGUCACCAGUGGUACGCCAAGUCUGUACGUGGACAAACAGAAAGUUGCCGCAUUUGAAGGAGGAAGUGUGACAGUUGGUUGCCGCCAUGAAUAUGCAGAUGUAACUAAUUGGUGCAGGCUGGGCGGCUCCUGUGUGGCCGGUCUGAACGGAUCUAUAAAUGGGACAAAAGUGACCAUCAAUGCAAGUGUCCCCAAUGUUUUCACCGUGACUAUGAGUGAACUGAGGAUGGAGAGCGGCGGCUGGUAUUGGUGUGACAAAGGAGACUUUCAGAUGCCAGUACAUAUAACUGGCUCACCAAUUGGGAGUGAUCCUGAUGAGAACUACGCUAACAUUGUUUAUAAGCAACACGCAGCGGCCCAGCAGAAGACUGAACCAGUCGAUGGAAGUGUGAUCUACAGCAUAAUAAGUGCUAAUUAG